AUGAGUAUUGUUGGGAAGCAAUUAAAUUCCUUACAGUCAAGCAAUAUCGCAACUCCUGUUGACAAUGAGAAAAUAUUGUGUACAAUAACCCCCGAUGAUGUUCUAAGACUUAAUAAAAUCAGCGAGGACUAUUUGUGCUCACCAAGUGCAAAUGUGUACGAGAUAGACUUUACCCGUUUCAAAAUUAGAGAUCUAGAAAGUGGUGCUGUACUAUUUGAAAUAGCAAAGCCACCGAGUGAGCAGUCUACAUCGGAUGGGAAUUUGGACAGCUUAAUGAGUGCCACUGAGGAACUGUCGAUAGAAGAAACUGCCGAUCCAAACGCUGGAAGAUAUGUACGAUACCAAUUUACGCCAGCAUUUUUAAAUUUAAUAACAGUGGGUGCUACUGUGGAGUUCACUGUUGGAAGCCGACCAGUUAAUAAUUUUAGAAUGAUCGAAAGACAUUUUUUCCGUGACCGCUUAUUGAAGACAUUUGAUUUUGAGUUUGGCUACUGUAUACCCUAUUCGAAAAAUAGCUGUGAACAUAUAUAUGAAUUUCCGAAUCUUCCACCUGAUCUUGGUAUGUAUAAAUGUUUUGAUUUUGGGUAA